GUUUAAUUUUGCUAUAAAUGGGGGGCUCUAUCGUCCUCGAUUCUUCACAGGCAGCAGCUCAUACCAAAAGCAACUUAUAUUAAUUUUACUUGAGAAAUUACAUAUCAAGAAUGGCAGCCCACGCAGCUGCAUGCAUUGCUAUGUUGGCUUUAGCUUUCUGUUUUGCCUCUGCAUCGGAUCCCAGUCCCCUCCAGGAUUUCUGUGUUGCUCUUGACGACACCAAAGAAGCUUUGUUCGUGAAUGGAAAAUUUUGCAAGGACCCAAAGCUUGUCACUGCAAACGAUUUCACCUUUUCUGGACUUAAUAUGCCUGGAAACACAUCAAACAAAGUUGGAUCGAAUGUUACGCUAGUGAAUGUUGAUAAACUAGCUGGACUUAACACUCUUGGUAUUUCAAUAGCUCGUCUGGAUUUUGCUCCCUAUGGUCUCAACCCUCCCCAUACACACCCCCGAGCCACCGAACUCCUCACCGUCAUAGAGGGCACCCUCCACGUUGGUUUUGUUACCUCUAAUCCACAAAACCGCCUGAUCACAAAGAUUCUUAAUGUGGGCGAUGUUUUUGUGUUCCCAGUAGGUCUAAUUCAUUUCCAACAAAAUGUUGGAAAAACCAAUGCUUUGGCUAUUGCUGGAUUGAGUAGCCAAAAUCCAGGAGUUAUUACCAUCGCAAAUGCGGUCUUCGGUUCCAAUCCACCUAUUUCAGUUGAUGUUCUAACCAAGGCCUUUCAGGUGGAUAAAAAUGUGAUCAAGUAUCUUCAAGCUCAGUUUUAGAUGGAAAACAGCCGCCCGUGCACUAGAUAAAAGUUAUAAGAUAUCUUUCUUUACUAAAAGUAGUGUUUGUUGAAUAAGCAAUUUCCAUUCAUCUUAAUAUUCCACUUUAUGUUAUGUUUGUUUUUCUUGUCCUUAAAAGAGUUUUUGAAAUAAAGAGAGAUAGCAUGCACAUGUAUGUGCAUGCAUAUAUGUAUGUUGCAUUCUAAAACUAUUCUAUUGUACUCAAUUCUCUCUUCAAUUUAGGAUUAAUAAAGU